UAUUGAGGACGCUUCUGCCGUUCUCUAUCCCGAUGCCCAUUCGAGCGUAAGCGUCAGAUCCGAACUCUCCUCUCCCCUCUUCUUCUUCCUCGAUCGCCGGAAGUCAUGGCGUCCUACUUCUCCUCCGUCCCCGACGAAGCCUCCGCCAUCGGACUCCUCCUUCGGGCCGCCGCCUUGGUGCCGACAGCCCACUACCUCGCGGCCGCGCUCAUCUUCCUCCUCGUUUUCCUUUACAACUUCCUCGAGCUCCACUUCCUGGGCGAUUUUCUGCGGGGGUUCCGGGGGGACCCCGUCGUCCUCACCUUCGAUCCCGCGUCUAGAAUCUACCAAGGGGUCGUCUCCAUGUGCCGGAUCCUCCAUGGAAGGUAUUUGGUAACGCCGUGGCUUGCGAGCCCCCAUUUGCAGACAGUCUUCUUGAGUUUUUUUGGAAGACCUCCAUCUGUUGUUUAUAGAAGGCAAUUAUUCUCUGUUCAGGAUGGUGGAACAGUGGCUUUGGACUGGUUGCUUGCCUCUGAUGUUGCAGGAGGUGCCUCUGACACGGACAAGGUUAUUUCAAGAGAUGAUACUACUCCUAUUGUGGUUGUGGUCCCUGGACUGACUAGUGAUUCCUUUUCUUCUUAUGUGAAACAUGCUGCUUACACAAUGGCAAAACAUGGAUGGAAUGUUGUUGUGAGCAAUCAUCGAGGCCUAGGAGGUAUCUCCAUUACGUCUGAUUGCUUCUACAAUGCUGGAUGGACGGAAGAUCUUCGGGAAGUUGUUAACUAUCUUCAUUAUGAAUAUUGGAGAGCUCCUCUGUUUGCUGUUGGGACAAGCAUUGGUGCAAAUGUAUUGGUCAAGUAUCUUGGGGAAGAUGGGGAGAAUACGCCUAUCGCUGGUGCUGUUUCUGUUUGCUCGCCAUGGGAUCUAGUGGUAUGUGACAGGUUUAUUUCUCGCAAGCUCGUCCAGCGAUUCUAUGACAAAGCUCUUACAAUUGGCCUUAAAGGUUAUGCUCAAUUACAUCAGCCUAUAUUAACUCGACUAGCAAAUUGGGAAGGCAUCAGAAAGUCAUGCUCUGUUCGGGACUUUGACAGUCAUGCCACUUGCCAUGUUGGAAAGUUUGAGGUAUUUCCCUUGGCUACUUUUUGGACUCUUUUCUUGAGUUACACAGUGUCUUGUAUGUUUCAGACUGUAGAUACCUAUUAUCGCUGCUGUAGCAGUGUGAGUUUUAUUGGGAAUGUAGCUGUUCCAUUGCUGUGCAUCAGUUCAUUGGAUGACCCAGUCUGUACAAGGGAAGCAAUUCCUUGGGAUGAAUGCAGGGCAAACCAAAACAUUGUUUUGGCAACAACUGCACAUGGUGGACAUCUUGCUUAUUUUGAGGGGCUGACAGCACAUAGUUUAUGGUGGGUUGGAGCUGUUCGCGAGUUUCUCAAUGUUCUACACUCGAGUGAAUUCAUGCAUGGGAAGAUUAAGACACCAAACCAUGGCUUGCAUUGUUCGCUUGAAUCGGGCAUCGAUAAGGGGCCAUAUGUUAAUAUCACGGAAGAUGGAAUGGUUGCUGCAAUGACUACUGAAGGACCAGACCACAUGACCGAAGAGGACUUGCAUGAUGAUGAAUUAUGCCAUGUCGAUGAACCUGAGGAUGAAAUUGUGCUUACGGACCAGAGUUUGCUUGGAACAGAAAAUGACAUGGACAAUGGUAGCGAGCCUGUGGAUUCCGUGCAAGAGAUACAGGCAGAAAGCAUUACCAAAGCCAUCCAUGAUGUGACUGCUCCAGUAAAGAGAUCCAUCAAUCAGCUAUUACAACAUUAUGAUAUAUCAAUGUGGUUGCUAGCUUAUAUAGCUAUCGUCACAACUUGGCCUCUUCUGGGCUCUGCACUUUCUGUUGUCUUCAAGAGAAAGCUUAGGGGUUUGCUGCCAGCAUCAUGGCUUAGAAGAUGAGGGAAAAAUUGCUAAUAGGUGCAUGAAAGAUUUUUUCCCCUUGUAAUCAUCAGUCAUUAAAAAUGUGUUGUAAUCUCAUCCCAAUGACAACUCCAAUAAUCUGGAGGAAGGAUCUACCAGAAACCAACAUCUGAUGAAGUCCUCUUAUUUACUUCCACAUUAUGCCUUCUAUGAAAAGUCCUCCCUGCAGAUAGUAAACUCAUGGUUAUGAUGA